CUCCCCGCGUAUGCAAUUGAUAAUUCCGUCACUACUGAAGUUGAUGAUGCCAUCUCUAUUGAAGAAACUGCCGAUAAUUCUCAUUGGAUACACAUACAUAUUUCAAAUCCCACAAGCUCUUUCGACUUGAAGAGCGAUAUCGCCAAAACAGCCGAAAUACUGGGACAGUCUUUGUAUCUUCCCACAGCAACUCGGUACAUGCUUCCGAUUAAGUACACGAAGAAAUUUUGGAGUCUUGAUGCGAAUUCAACAAAACAAAGAGCGCUAACGUUUAGCGGAAAACUUGGACACAAUGGUGAGCUUCUUGAUUAUAAGAUUAGGCCAAGUAUAAUUAGAAGACUCCUUCGAUUAACACCACAAGAGGUUGAUAGAGCUUUAGGAGAUCAGCAUCCAACUCGUAGUUGGACUCUUCUCAAGCGAGUUGAAAAAGUGGAUGAAUCUGUGUCAUCUAAGCUCGACCCAAUAACUACGAGCAAUUUAAAAAAAAUACUCCAAUGUGCCUCACAAUUUAAUAUGCGUAGACAAAACAAUGGUGCCUUUUCUUUACUCCAACCAAGUUUUGAUGUGAACGUUCAGCUUCGCUAUUUUACUGCACAAAACCAAAAUCUAAAUCCUGUUUUAUGGUCAGCCUUUCCGGAUAUUGAAUUGCUGGUCAAUGAUACAAGUAUAACGAAAACAAAUCUUCUUGUCUCUGAAUGCAUGAUUCUUGCUGGUGUGAUAGCUGCACGUUUCUGCAAAGAUCACGAUGUUCCUGGUGUUUUUAGGUGCCAACAAUUAGCAUUUCCGUCGACUACAAUUCGAGAUUUAUUUCGAAGAGGAUUGGAACAUAGGAAACUUCAUGGGACAAUCUCACUAGAAACAGCAUCGUCAUUUGUUCCAUAUUUAACAAGUGCAUACUUAAGCGAUGAGCCCAAGACUCACCAGUCUUUGGGUUUGACAAAGGGAUAUAUGCAAGUUACGUCUCCUUUAAGAAGGUACGGAGAUUUGUUUAUGCAUUAUCAAAUCCAAUGUGUGCUUGCUGGCAGGGAUCAAGAUGUCGUUGACAAACAUUUCUUGAAAAAUAUGCUACCAUUAUGGGCUAAAAAGGAGAAAAGCCAAAAAAACUUUGGGAAAUACUGCUAUCGAUUUUGGGCUUUACUCCUUAUCUCAAUGCUACCCAAAGAACUCCUACCCGAGUGUCAUGGUGUGGUGCAAUUGAAUAGUGCACUGUCACCUGUAAUAAUUCUAGAUGAAUUUGGGGUAAGUGCUCGUUUAGACACAAACAUCGAUGCAAACUACAAACAAAAGCUGGGCAAACGUUGUGCCGUAACGAUACAAGAGAUAAAUCCUGUAAUGAAUCAGCUAAUUGUUAGGCUGGCAGAAUAA